UUAGUUUAUUACGUCCCACCCGACGGUUUAGGCAGAGCUCCCCGAAGAACGAAAUCUUGGAGCCAAGGAUGUUGCUGUCUCUGGCCCUGGUCCUACUGGUCUCCCUGGCGGCGAGCAGAGCCAUGAAGGACGCGGAAACCCUCCAGAGCGAGAUGUUUCCUCCGACUCACCCAAACUGUACUCAGAGCCUUACAGACUACCUUCUGUUGAGACAAGAGUUGCAGCUGUCCAAGAUGGCCGCCGCUGAGGAGGAGAGGACUCAGCUGACGAGGGAGAACUUGCAGGUACUCACGCAGGUCAGGGACACCUUAUCCCAGGUCAGCGAGGCUCUGACACAGCGCAACCAGGCCAGUGGAAGAUCCGCUGCAGAAACCCCCCUCUGCCCGGGUGCCCUGUCAUCCCAAGGCCUGCCCUCCUCUGAGCCCAGUCGCUGCCUCACGAGUGGAGGUAAAUCAGUGUUGACUCCAAGAACCCGUCUCGCUGAAAUCGGCAAAAUCAUGUGUGAAAUCUAUAGUAGCAUGAACUUCGUCUUUGAUUAA